CAAAGAAGGUAAACGAUUAUGGGCAGCAAGCAGUUGCCGGUUAGAAUUAAAUGCUCUCAUCUUCUUCUUCUUCUGCUCUUACCUUAGAAGACAAAAAGGUAUACCUACAACCUACUCUAAAACAAAGACACGUGGAAAACCCCCACACUCAACUCAGCUCAUUCCUGCCUGCUACACCUCAUCAUAUGCCAUCACACCCUUUUUUUAGCAAAUUCACUUCCACCUUCUCUCUUCCAUCCUAUCACUAUAAAAACCGUUUCAUUUCUUGCUUGAUAUCCACUACAGAUUUCAAAUAUCUGCUCGAUCAACUUUUAAGGAAAGCUAUAAGUGAGUGGGAAGUGAGUUGUUUCCUUGAUGGGUGGUGUUUGUUCGUGGAAGAGAGAGUACUACAAUGCUGAUGAACAUCUACACAGGAGAGGCAUCUCCGGCAGAUACUUCAAAUGCCGGAGUUCAAAGUGGCUGACAUCCUCUUUCUUUCCACUGGUUGUGGACUGUCGUCCUGAAGGAAGCGCUUCUCCAUCCCUUAUGGAGCUAUGCAUUCACAAAAUUCGACAAGUCUAUCUAGCUAAAGGCUAUAGCCAGGUUGAUGGGUAAAAGUUAUUGUUUGAGAAAUUACCCUCAAUAGAACUACACCAUGGUCAAAAUUCCUAAAUAAGAGUCCAUGUUUUAUGUUCCCUGAAUAGGACUAAACAUUACAUUUCUACCCUCAAACAUGGUUAUAGUUAUUGUUUAAGAAAUUGUCCUAAAUAGGACUAAAACAUGGUUACAGUUCCCAAUCAUAUCCAGGUCAGUCCAGUGAGUGUCGAAUGGUAGCGGGUUCCGGCGACCGGCAGCGGCAACAGUCCGGUGAGGUGGUGACCAAGCUUGAACCCUACACAAUUGUGUUUUUGUCCAAUAAUAAAUUACACCUAUUUGAGGAAUUUUUAACGUUGAUUCAUAUUUGCACUUUGAGAUGUUAGGAGAUACGAUUCUUUUUCCAUCUUGCCAAGAGAUGUCAGCCAAUUGAUAUUCAAUGAUCUCAUUUAUUCGUGCUGUCUCUCAGACAACUCCAUUGAAGCCUUUAGACACUGUGCAUUGCAAGAUAUGGUCCUUAGAGAGUAUCCAGGAGUGAGUGACAGUUGGAUUGAUGUCAUUGCUUCACAAGGAUCAUCCUUACUCUCUCUUGAUUUUUUGAGCUCUGAGGUCACAGAUGGUUCAUUCUUUCUCCUCAAGAAUUGUUCAAACCUCCAAGCUUUAACCUUUAGACAUUGUGAUCAAAUUACUGGAAAUGGACUGAAGCAAGUAAGCGGCUUCCACAAGUUGACAUAUUUGGGUAUCAAAGACAGCAUGACAGUCACUGCUGAGCAAAUGCGGUUUCUUACCAGCUUAGUCAAUUUGGUAAAGCUGGAACUAGAGAGGUGCCCUCGAGUCCAUGGAGGACUCGUUCAUAUUGAAGCUUUAGCCACACUUGAAUCUCUCAACAUCAGAGGUUGUAAAUGCAUAGUGGAUUCAGACAUGAAAUCUCUUGCGGGGCUUGUCAAUUUGAAGGAACUGCAGACUUCCUAUGUUAAUCUGACAGAUGCUGGGGUGUUCUAUUUGAAAGGUCUGAGAAAGCUUGGCUUGUUAAACAUGGAGGGAUGCCACAUUACUGCUGCAUCUUUGGAUUAUCUUUCAGUACUUUGUUCACUGCAGUAUCUCAAUUUAAGUAGAACAGACCUGAAGGAUGCCGGCUGUGAGAAAUUUUCAAUGCUGAUCAAAUUGAAGGUGUUAAACAUAGGACACAACAAUAUUACUGAUGAAUGUUUGGCCCAUCUACAAGGAUUAACAAAUAUAGAGGGCCUGAACUUGGAUAGUUGUCGGAUUGGGGAUGAUGGCCUAGCAAAUUUAGCAGGCCUUGUGAACUUGAAAAUUUUGGAGCUUUCACAUGAUAAAAUUGGAAAUAAUGGGAUUCAGCAUCUCUCAGGUUUGAUCAAUCUGGAGGAUCUGAACCUGUCAUUCACCUUAGUCACAGAUGAUGGUUUGGAAAAGUUGAGUGGGUUAAGAUCUUUAAGGUCAAUUAAUCUGGACAUUCGGCAUAUUACUGAUUCAGGUGUUGCUACACUUACAGGGUUAUCUGGAUUAACUCACCUGGACCUUUUUGGAGCUCAUAUAACAGAUUAUGGGACAAAAUAUUUGCCAUAUUUCAACAAUCUCCAGUCACUGGACGUGUGUGGGGGUGGGCUAACAGAUGAUGGCGUCAAGAACAUAAAACAUCUUUCUUUCUUGAUGGUACUAAACCUAUCACAGAACCCCAGCUUGACAAAUAUGACCUUGCAUCACUUGUCAGGGCUAACAGGGUUGGUGUCUCUUAAUGUCUCUUAUUCUCGGAUUACCAACAAUGGCCUGCAGCAUCUCAAGUCUUUAAAGAACCUGCGCUCCCUUUCUUUAGACUGUUGCAAUGAUAGUGUAACUGCAGAUGAGCUUCAAAAGCUUCAGCUGAGCGCCCUUCCCAACCUCAUGAAGUUUAGUCCGGAGCUCUAAGACCAUGUUCUUGUAAUACUUUUUGUCUACCUUCAUUGACCAGUUUCGUGUAUUGUGGAAAUAUUACAGAAAAAUAAAAGCACAUAAAGUCAAAAUACUCUGCCAGCUGUGAUUAAUAAUAAUAGGCUAAAGGGUCAAACAAACCCUUGAACUAACUUAAAAAGCGCAAAUCACCCCUUAUAUAGGAGGUUCUGUCCGGACGUCGCCAUUUGGGGCAGUUCCCAGUAGAAUUUUUUUAUGAAAUUUUUUGAGCAUCUUCUUCAUUAAGUCUAAUUUACUUGUACCAAAUCUCAGCUAAAAGUUCAAUCGGGAAGGCAGUCAAAUGAAUUUUUGAAGAUAACUGCGCAAUUAAACAAUGCAGUACAUUUCAGAAUAUCAUUUGACUGCCUUCCCGGUUGAAUUUUUAUCUGAAAUUUGGUAUGGGUAAACUAGACUUAAUGAAGAAGAUGCUCAAAACAUUUCAUCAAAAAAUUCCACCGGGAACUGCCCCAAAUGGCGACGGCCGGACAGAGCCUCCUAUAUAAGGGGUGAUUUGCACUUUUUAAGUUAGUUCGAGGGCCUAUUUGACCCUUUAGCCAUAAUAAUAUAUUAGUGGGCUUUUGACUUGUGCAGUACUGGCAAACUUGUGUUUCAUAUGUUCGGAGAUUGUGUUUGUAUUUACUACUCAAGUUGCAAAC